AUGAUAUCACAAAUUGUAAACCCGGAACCACAUGAUACAACAGUCCCUAAUACUGCACCAGUCCUUGAAUAUCGCUGUCUGUUUACCAGAGAUGUUCAAAGAAAGCAGAAACGUUGGCAGGAUGGGCGUCUUAGAUUUCACACAUUCAAUAGGCGGCUUAUGGUAUACGAUGAAAGUUCUAACUUUGUUGGUGAUGCACACUGGCAAAAGGAUGGCAUAGAAGAAGGUGAAGAACUACACCUAGAACGUAAUGGAAUUCUCGUACAGGUUGUGGAGUAUUAUGGGAAAAAAGAUCAAGAUUUAAAUGGCCUCAUAAGUCAAAGAAUUAAGGAUAGAGAGCAAAGAGCAGCUGCGAGGAUUUCGAAUGGAUUACAAGCCAUGACAUCUAGUGGCAAGCCAAAUGGAAUAUUGUACCAUCAACCUAAAGAACGUAACAUAAUGCUUACUCCAAACGAUCACCAUGGUAAAACUGGCAUGCGGACUAUAUUACCAAGAAAAUUUAGUCAAUAUCCCACAAAAGUAGCCGACAAACCAUGGGACCAUGAUCGCCAAGCUAAGCGCUGCAAAUUAACUUUCUUACCACCAAAAGACAUUAGCUGCCAUCAAAAUUCCAAAGUUGAGAAAUCCACGUUAUUUCCAGCCACAUCAGGUGCCAUAACAAUGCCAUCUGGAUCUAUCGCGGAAGAUCAAAGUAAAAAAAAUUAUCCCCUGGAUGUCGUCGAUUUGACGGAAGAAAGUUCAAUCAGCCCAUCACCUCAUGAAAAUGGGGAUCAUAAAUAUCAGCAAGAUAUAUCCACGCAAAGCAAAAGUUUAGAACAGAAGGCUUAUUUAUCUCGAAAAUCGAAAAAUACUUAUGCUAGUCAGCUUACAGGAGUAACACUGUCUUUAAAUACAUCUAAAAAUAGUGCACAGAAAAACCAGAAGGGAUCUAAAUCGUUAAAACUAGCUUCUCUUAAUCAAAGUUGCCAGAAUAAUAAUACAAAUAUAGCAGAGAAAAAAAUAACUGUACAGACGAUCUGUGAAAAUAGUUUAAGUAGUGCUCUUAUUCCAGGCAAUAUCUUAUCCGAUAAGCGAUCAUUAAUCGAUAAUUCUUACUUCUUAUCUAACUCGGCCACGAACACUUCAUCUAUGCAUGCUGAGUUGCAAGUGGAGAGACAAGUAACGAAUCAAAAUGGCUUAUUAAGUAAAAAAGUUACUCCCUUGCUUAAAAAAGAUAAAAUAAUCAUCUCCGUCGAGCAUAAUAGUGAGAAUGAUGAAAAAUCAUAUUCACCUGCAAAACAAUCUUUUCCAGAUGAAUUGACAUCUACGUUACGAAUAAAGCCGAGGCCACCAAGAAAGAUGAUGUUCAUGGAGAGCCCCGCAAAAUAUCCAUCUUACUCCAAAAAUUCAAUUAUUGAGAAGAGGCCUAUCAAUAAUUCAGUAGAUAAAAUCAAAGGUCUAGAGUCUAUAACAAUUGACUUAGAAUCGAACCAAAACCAACCAACGCUAUCACCUAGGUGUAGCUCUAUGUGCAAAAAAAAAGAGAAUAAAGUUUCAAAUAUUGUCCCAAAUUUUUUAAAAUCAUCAAACGAUAUAAAUGCUUUGAUUCUAGAAACUAGUGUAGACCGUCAGAACAUAGAUUUUCGACCCAAGAGCUUGAACUCUAAUGUCAACAACUCGAAUGAUCCUCAAUCUAAAAAGCCGACAAACUGUUUUAAAUCACAUGCUGAGGAAGGUAUAUGUGAAAAAAUGAGUAAAAAACUUGCUAUAGUCAAAGAAAAAGAGCUUUUAACCAAUAUUGAUAGUGACAUAGAACAAAAAUUUCCUUUCAAUUCAGUCGAUAAAGCUCACACAAGCAGGCCAAGUUUUAAACUCAAUUUGCAUUCAGAAAAUACUGAUGAAGUAGCGAAGUAUCCAAUAAACGAGAUCCGUACUGUGAGAGCGUCGCCCCUCAUAACAUCAAAAAUCGAAGGGAUUGAACCCGCAUCUAAACACGAAGAAAUAUCAGUCAAUAGUUGUUCCCCAACUACUCCCUCAACGUAUGAAAAAGUCUGUGAAAAAUCUAGACAGACGAGUAUAGAUCUAUGUAAUAAAGCAGGUAGUAAACCUGAAUCAGGACAAGAAACAGUUUCUCCAAACGGAGACGAAAUAUGUUUAGAGUUAGAAAAUUCGUCUUCUAUUUCAGUGGCUAGUUGUAGACCAUCCGUCGAUGCUAUCAGUAGUUACAAUUCUGGCGGGAAAACAAAAAAUAAAUCUUCUCUCUCCACAUCUACUUCCAAAGUUUUGACUCGUCCAAGAGUAAUAUUGUCCAAUCCAGCUACAAAAGGGUUAUCACUUCAAGUAAUAACAGCCAAUACUAUUGACGCACUUCAAUUAGUUACAGACACAUUGCCAAUUUCACGGUUUGGAAGUCAAGUAGAAGAGUCAAUAAGCGUAGACGACGAUAUUGUAAACUUCUCUAUUGGGAUUUCAGAGAGCGAUGAUGCUGUUAGUGGUCCCUGGAGUAGAGAAUCAUUUGACCUAUUCGGCAACUGGAUUCGACCUCAGAAUCAAAUAGGCGUAAAAACUCUUUGA